CCUCAGGCUAUCUCAUUAUUGUUCAGUUGCCAACCCGACGUGGCUGCAAAAGUAAAGCGCUAUAUAUAAGGAAAUCUGUGAAAAGAAGAGGCAGCAGCGUCGAAAUAGAAACUACAAGCUGCAAUGAUGUGAGAGCUGUGAGUCUGGUUCUUCACGCUGUUUAAUAAAAUACAAGAGAGAGUCAACAUCUUCCUUUUCGCGAUUUCCACACACAUAGUCAUAGGCUGCCUCCUACAUAAUAUGCUUCUGUCUGUGUCGAAAUUUCUGUGUUGCUUUCCCUUACGCGGUACUUAGUGUUGAGGUUCUGAUAGACAGUUGCAAAGAGGACCCUAGCCCUACAGUCACUCGCGUGGUUUGGCGUCACCUCACCAGUCACUUCUAGUUUCCUAAGCAGUAGCUUGUGUGUUUAACUGGUCUUACUUUCUUAACAAACUUAGCUUGCCUUUCCUGCCCGCGGAGGUCACUUCAACGAACAGUUUCUACUGCUUUUGUUUAAGUACUUGUCCUCGCCCUCGUUGUCCAAAGCUGGGUGCUAACACCAUAUAUCUAAAAUUGUAGGCAUAAGAUCAUCCAGAUCGCUGUUCUGUGAAGGAUCAGCAUGAGGGUCCUGAUUCAGUUCGAUGCUUGUCCAUGCUUCUGAUUUCAAUCAACUCGCUCCGCCUCGUUCCUCGUUCCUCCCAUGCAUUGAGAUCCUCGCAACGUUCCACCAGAAUCAUGAACACCAUCAAAGUCCCCGGCUCCCUCUCGUUCUCAUCGUCAUCACCAUCAUCAUCGCCAACCUAGUCGGAGUCACAAGCCUCAUCCGUAUCCUAGUGGUAGCCGUGUCAUCUUUCUCACCCGGACCCGCCGGCUGGUAAUAGUGACCUGAGUAAUUUCCCCGAUUUGCAUGCG